AUUGGACUUGCGUUGAUUCCAUUCUCGAUCGAAAUACCCGGCCACCCUUCCGUCGCUUCGAAAUAGCCCAGAGCCGACUGACCGACUGCGCGCGCGCGCGACACAACGAGAAACUCCUCCCGACUCUAUUCCUAACCGACCGAUCAGCGACCAACCGACGACGACGCCGCGCCCCCCAGCGCCAUUCGUCAAGAUGUUGAUCUUUGGCAAUCUAAUCUAUGUCUCCUGCCUAUUGAUCAACGCUAUUGCCAUCCUCUCUGAGGAUAGGUUUCUUGCCAGGAUCAACUUCUCUCCGUCCUCCUACGACCCAGCCUUCGGCCAAAGCGCAGAUGCCUCCGUCCAAGCCAAGAUCAUGAACCUGAUUGCGAGCGUACGGACAUUGAUGAGGCCCCUCCUGAUUCUGGUCAACACACUGAUAAUAAUAUACGAGCUGGUGCUUGGCUAAGUGAGGAUCUUUCGGCCGAACAUGGCACCAAGAGAAGGAAGCUGGGUGUCGAACUGAAGACAGCGAAAGAGAGAGAUGCAUAACAGGAUGGUGCAGGGGAAUAUGAAGGCUGAGGAGGGUCAUCGAGCGAAUCAGGGAUCAAGAAAGGACUGGAACAGGAUGCAAAGCAUAGGUACGAAUACAUCUGGAAGACGGGUUCAGUCAUAUGGUUCGGACUACUACAUGGCCUCGUGGGCUGACAAGAAGAGAAAGAAGGAAGGAUGAUAACGCAUCGGAAUGAUUAACAGAUAAUGUAAAGUUGACAUCACCGCUUGAGUCUGAUGGGCGAAUAAUGGCUCGCUGCAAACGUUCAGACAGGGAAGAGGCGGUUGUGUGAAAUCCCCUGAUGAGAAUUGCGAAGUAGUGCUGUGUAGAAUCAAAGCCAGUGCCUGUAAUAAUCAAUUGGGUUUUCGGUGAAUGUGGGUGUAGUAGUACUAGUACAAGGAAGGCCUCUAACA